UCAAGAACGUGGAACCGCCUCCGUCCACAGCUUUGGGGCCACUUCCGACGUCAGGCUGAUCGGCAGUAGUCGGGACUGUUGAGCAGGCAGAGAAGAUGGGCUACUUUCCAGACUUUUCCAUUGAGACUUGGACUUUAAUAGUCAUUUUCCUCACUCUUGUUGCAAUAUAUGGGUAUGCUCCAUAUGGCUUUUUCAAGAAAAUAGGCAUCCAGGGACCCAGACCUUUGCCUUUCAUUGGGACUUUUCUGGAAUACCGAAAUGGCAUCCACAAUUUUGACGUAAAAUGCUUUGAGAAGUAUGGCAAGAUGUGGGGGUUGUACGAUGGCAGGCAGCCUUUAUUGGCCAUAAUGGACACAGCUAUGAUCAAAACCAUCCUGGUUAAAGAGUGUUACUCUGUCUUCACCAACAGACGGGAUUUUGGUCUAAAUGGACCGUUGCGUGACGCUGUAUCGAUAGUAGAAGAUGAGGAAUGGAAGAGGAUUCGCAGUGUGCUCUCUCCGUCAUUCACCAGUGGUCGACUGAAAGAGAUGUACACAAUAAUGUUGAAGCACUCAAGCAAUCUGAUCAAGAAUCUGCAGAAGAAAGCAGAGGCGGAUGCAGUCAUAGAAGUCAAAGAAGUCUUUGGACCGUACAGCAUGGAUGUUGUGACCAGCACUGCCUUCAGCGUGGACAUUGAUUCUAUCAACCACCCCACUGAUCCUUUUGUGGCAAACAUCAAAAGAAUGGUCAAAUUUAACCUGCUGAAUCCGUUGUUAGUGCUCGUGGUUCUGUUUCCAUUUUUGAUGCCGCUUUUGGAGAAGAUGGACGUGACUUUCUUCCCCAGUGAAGUAUUGAAAUUCUUCUACAGCUUUCUCAAGACGAUCAAAUCAGACCGGAAUAAGAAUGAACACAAGAACCGAGUGGACUUCAUGCAGCUGAUGGUGGAUUCUCAAGUCGCAGAGAUCAAACGAGAAGAUGAAAGCUCCGUAAAAGGACUGACUGAUCAGGAGAUUCUUGCUCAGGCCAUGAUAUUUAUCUUUGCUGGUUAUGAAACCAGUAGCAGCACACUCAGCUUCACAGCCUACAAUCUGGCAACCAACCCUCGCGUCCAAAAGACGCUGCAAAAGGAGAUUGAUGAAACCUUCCCCGAAAAGGUUCGGCCAACCUACGAUGCCCUGAUGCAGAUGGAAUACCUGGACAUGGUGGUGAAUGAAUCAAUGAGGCUGUACCCCAUUGCUAAUCGAUUAGAGAGAAUGUCAAAAACAUCUGUUGAGGUAAACGGUGUGACUAUACCUAAAGGAACCACCGUCAUGAUACCAGUCUACGCUCUCCAUCGUGACCCUUCACUGUGGCCUGAGCCUGAGGCCUUCAAACCUGAAAGGUUCAGCAAAGAGAAUAAGGACAACAUAGAUCCUUAUGCCUUCCUACCCUUUGGAGCUGGGCCAAGGAACUGUAUUGGGAUGCGAUUUGCACAGUUGAUGAUGAAGUUGGCCAUGGUGGAAGUCCUUCAGAACUUCAGCUUUGUCACAUGCAAGGAGACAGACAUUCCAAUGGUGCUGGCAAAUGAUGGAUUUACAACCCCCAAGAACCCAAUCAAGCUGAAGCUUGAGCCCAGGAAGACUGCUGCCUAUAGCCCUACAAGCUAACUCUGAUUAAAUGCAACCCACCUCGUCUCCCCUUUGCUUUUUCACUAUCAAAUGAAAGUUGCUUAUGCUGCCUCAAGUGCCUGUUAAAGAAAAAAAAAAUAUUGUUCAAAAAUACAUUAAACAUUUGUUGACAUAUGCACAGUGCACUGUAAAUUACCGCUCUAGUCAAAACAGCACAUAUCAGUAAUCUAGGUUUCAUUGGGACUAUAGAACUUAAGAGUUUAUUCAGCAAAACUGCUCAUAUUUAAAGGACAAGCUUUACUUUGACAGAACAUUCAAUAAAGGCUUUAUUUGCAUUUCUGCAACCUUGCACAAUUUCCAAAAAUCCACACAACUAGGCUUUUAAAGCCGAGUCCUACAAAACAAAACAAAACGCUGUUGAUGUUUUUGUCAUAUUUAUCUCAUCUGUAAUCUUUUCAAAUCCUGAAUAUUAAAAAUAUAACAAUUCUAACUUCUUGAA